AUGAGCCGCCAAUUUAGUUCUCAGUCUGCAUUUAGUUCAAGGAGCAAGCGGGUUUAUAGUACUAGCGCUUCUGCAGGCCGUGGUGGUGGGAGCCGGGCUGUGGGGUCUGUGUGUCAGGCCCGAGGGAGGUGUGGUGGUGGUGGGUAUGGGAGCUAUGGAAGGGGGUUUGGCUCUAGGAGCCUCUACAAUCUGGGUGGUAGUAAAAGCAUUUCCGUUAGCCUAGUGGGGAGAAGUGCCAGUGGUUUCCGCCAGGGUGGGGGAGCAGGAGGAGGAUUUGGAGGGGGUAGAGGCUUUGGGGGUGGUGGCUUUGGAGGUGGUGGUUUUGGAGGAGGUGGUUUUGGGGGUGCCAGAUUCGGGGCUAGCAAUUUUGGGCUUGGGGGCUUUGGUCUUUCUUGUCCUCCGGGGGGCAUCCAAGAGGUGACCAUUAACCAGAGCCUCCUAGAGCCACUUCACCUGGAGGUGGACCCUGAAAUUCAGAGAAUCAAGACCCGGGAGCGAGAGCAGAUUAUGGUUCUCAACAACAAGUUUGCCUCCUUCAUUGACAAGGUGCGAUUCCUGGAGCAGCAGAACCAGGUGCUACAAACGAAAUGGGAGCUGCUGCAGCAGGUGAACACUUCAACUCGGACGAACAACGUGGAACCCAUCUUUGAGAACUACAUUAGUCAGCUGCAGAAGCAGGUGGAUUUUCUCAAUGCAGAACAGAUGCGCCAGAACUUGGAGGUCAGGAGCAUGCAGGAUGUUGUGGAGGAUUACAAGACCAAGUAUGAGGAUGAAAUCAACAAGAGGACCAGCAGUGAGAAUGACUUUAUCGUUCUGAAGAAGGACGUGGACGCUGCUUAUAUCAACAAAAUGAACCUGCAGUCCAGGGUGGACACUCUGUCUGGGGAGGUCAAUUUCCUGCAAUAUUUAUUCAUGACGGAGCUGUCCCAGAUGCAGACCCACAUCAGUGACACCAAUGUCAUCCUGUCCAUGGACAACAACCGCUUCCUGGACCUGGACAGCAUCAUCGACGCAGUGCGGACCCAGUAUGAGCUGAUUGCACAGAGGAGCAAGGACGAGGCUGAGGCACUGUACCAGACUAAGUACCAGGAGCUCCAGAUCACAGCAGGGAGACAUGGAGAUGACCUGAAAAACAGCAAGAUGGAGAUUUCCGAGCUCAACCGCACAAUCCAGAGGCUUCAGGCAGAGAUCAGCAAUGUCAAGAAGCAGAUUGAACAGAUGCACUCGGCCAUUUCGGGUGCAGAGGAGAGAGGAGAGCAGGCCAUCCAGGAUGCACGGCAGAAGCUGCAGUACAUGGAGGAGGCCCUGCAGCAGUCCAAGGAGGAGCUGGCCCGGCUGCUGCGUGACUACCAGGCGAUGCUGGGGGCCAAGCUAUCCCUGGAUGUGGAGAUCGCCACCUACCGCAAGCUGCUGGAGGGCGAGGAGAGCAGGAUGUCAGGAGAGCUGCAGAACCAUGUGAACAUCUCGGUGCACAGCAGCCAGGUGAACAUCGGCGGCGGCGGCGGCGGCGGCGGCGGCGGCGGCGGCGGCGGCGGCGGCGGCGGCGGCGGCGGCGGCGGCGGCGGCGGCGGCGGCGGCGGCGGCGGCGGCGGCGGCGGCGGCGGCGGCGGCGGCGGCGGCGGCGGCGGCGGCGGCGGCGGCGGGAGCUACGGAGCAAGCAGCAGAAGCGGCGGCGGCUCGUCGCGCGUGCAGAUCAUCCAGACUUCCACCAACACCUCCCACAAGCGAAUCCUGGAGUAG